AUGGCGGCCGUUACAUCGAUGGCUGCAGCGCUCGCUGCCUCACUGCCUGCGCCUCAGGCAGCACCUGCGCCAUUCGCGCCUACAUAUGAAGCCAUACCCGCGUCCAUGUCCAAAGCGAUUGACAUCGAGGCAGAGAUCCCCCUGCAGAGCGUGCAGCUCGACGGAAUGGCGGUCUCGAAGAUUGUCAAACACUCGCGCGAAGCGCAGGGCUCCACUGCUCAUGGACUGCUCCUGGGCCUGGACUUUGAUGGUACAUUGGAGAUCUCCAACUCCUUCCCGCUGCCGCACCACGCGACCGACGACGACGACAAGUCAGCGAAAGGCGUGGCCCGGUAUCAGGCCGCGAUGUUGCGUUCGCUGAAGGAAGUCCAGGCCGAUGACAGCGUUGUCGGGUUCUACCAAGCGAUGGCCCUCGGCUCAUUCUUCAGUCAGAAUCUAGUGGAGACUCAGGCUUUCCACCAGGAUAAGCUGAGACACGGAGGUAUCGUGAUCGUCCAUGACGUGACCCAGACCGCGCGAGGGAACGCGUCUUUCCGGGCGUUCCGCCUUACGAAGGCCUUCCUGGACGCUUACAAGAGGAAUAACUUUAGUACGGCAAGGUGGGGCACGCGGAAAAAUACUCGAGAUCUGGAGGUCCCCUUGAAAAUCAGGACAAACGCGCUUCUGAGCUCUUUCCUCGGAGCGCUGUCCGAGUCUACAGUUUCGCCGGUGAUGGGCGCCAAGCCAUCCGCGGCGUCGUCAUCUGCCGCACUACCACCCUCGUUUUCUGCGCUGAAUCUGGGGACAUCGAGCGUUGCGCGGAAUCUGGAGCACAUUGUUGACGCUGUGGACAAUUACCGGACGGAGGAGGGCAACCUGGCGUAUCUGCAGCGGCAGAUUACGCGAGAGAAGGCGCGGGCAGAGGCGUACGUCUCGAAGCGGAAGGAGGAGAACGCGACGCGGGUAGCUCAAGGACUUGCGCCACUGCCGGAGGAGGAUGUGAGCCGGCUAUUCAAAAUCCCAGUUGAGCCAAGCCGGUUGGAGAGCCUGUUGGUUCUGGGGAAAAUCGACGCGUAUGCCAAAAGCUUGGCGGAGACGUCGAGCACGGGAUUGGUGAAGAUGUACGCUGCGAAGGCUAAUUCUGGAUGA